AUGGGUCCCGUGAAGAGCGUUUGCUUCAUCGGCGCCGGCUUCGUCGGCGGUCCCAGUGGUGCUGUCCUUGCACUCAAGAACCCCGACGUCGAGGUCAGCGUUGUCGACUUGAGCGAGACCCGUAUUGCAGCAUGGAACUCAGACGCCCUCCCCAUCUACGAGCCUGGUCUCCUACCCGUCGUCAAGGAGGCUCGUGAUGCUGAAGUCCGCCCUCAGAACCUCUUCUUCACCACCGAUGUCAGAGGAACCAUCAAGCGUGCCGACAUUGUCUUCAUCUGUGUCAACACUCCUACAAAGACCGCCGGUAUUGGCGCUGGCAAGGCUCCUAACAUGGCCUACUUCGAAUCUGCCACCCGUAUGAUUGCCGCCGAAGCCGAGAAAGAUACCAUCAUCGUCGAGAAGAGCACUGUUCCCUGCAGAACUGCUGCCAACAUGAGAGAGAUUCUCAAGGCCAUUGGCAAGCCCGGCCUCAACUUCGAGAUCCUGUCGAACCCCGAGUUCUUGGCUGAGGGUACCGCUGUGGCCGAUCUUAUGAGACCCGACCGUAUUCUGAUUGGUUCCAUGCAAACACCCAGCGGUCUAGAGGCAGCAGAGGUUCUGGCAGACCUUUACGGCAGCUGGGUACCCAAAGAGAACAUCUUGAAGACAAACAUCUGGUCCUCGGAGCUUGCCAAGCUCGCUGCCAACGCACUGCUGGCUCAGCGUAUCAGCAGUAUCAACGCCCUGAGCGCAAUCUGCGAGGCUACUGGUGCCGAUGUUGGCGAGAUUGCAUAUGCCGCAGGUCUGGACAGCAGAAUCGGCUCGCGCAUGCUGCAAGCCUCAGUCGGAUUCGGAGGUUCCUGCUUCCGCAAGGAUGUGCUCAACCUUUCAUACAUGGCCGAAACCUUGCAUCUCCCCGAGGUCGCCGCUUACUGGCAGUCUGUUGUCGCUAUCAACGAAUGGCAGAAGUCUCGCUUCACUAAGCGUAUCGUUUCAACACUCUAUGGAACUCUGACUGGCAAGAAGAUUGCUGUCUACGGUUUCUCAUACAAGAAGAACACCGCCGAUACUCGUGAGAGUGCCGCCAUCUCUGUUGUCAAGGAUCUUAUCGCCGAGCAAGCCAAGGUCUGCAUUUACGACCCUCAAGUCACAAAGGCACAGAUUUGGGAGGAGCUCGACAUCAACGGCUGCCACAUUGAUGACGUUGAGAAGUACGUUUCGAUCGCCAAAAACCCAUACGACUGUGCUUCAGAGUCUCACGCCGUCAUUGUCCUCACCGAGUGGGACGAGUUCUCCAACAAGGAUGUCGAUUGGGAACAGAUCUUCGACAUCAUGGAACGUCCAGCAUUCGUUUUUGACGGCCGUAGAGUGAUUGACGCUGGCAAGUUGCAACGGUUGGGCUUCCGCGUCGAGUGCAUCGGCAGAGGCAACUCGUUCCAAUAA